UCAUGUGUGAAAGUAAUUCGGUGCUUAGUGCUUACCUACUUCCAUUGCAUGAUCAUUCUUCAUCUAUAAAUAACCGUUAAAACCUCCUAAACUCCAUGUUCGAAACGAAGCAGAUUCAACCAAGAUGCCUUGCGUCCAGAUCUCCACCAAUGUUUGCCUCGACGGUGUUGACACUGAUGCCAUUUUCGCUGAAGCCACCAGAGUCGUUGCGCAAAUUAUCGGCCGGCCUGAAAAAUUUGUGAUGGUGAUAUUGAAGGGAUCAGUGGCUAUCUCAUUUGAGAGGAACAAAGAACCAGCAGCAUUUGCAGAAAUAAUUUCCAUGGGCGGCAUUACCUCUGAUGUGAAGAAGAAACUGAUAUUCCAGUUGGGCACUAUUUUACUAGAAAAGUUGUCAAUCCCAAGAACAAGAUUCUUUGUCAAGGUGUUUGAUACAACUAUGGCCUCCAAAUAUGCCAAACUCUAGCCUUUUUAGGGUUUGGUUUCUUGAAAUAGUAUACACUUUUUACAAAAUGUACCCUUAUUAUUAAUAAAUCCCCAGGAUUUUUUUCUUAUGAUUUUAGUGUAACAUCUAAUAGUUUACAGGCAAAAAGAUGAUAUCUUGAAGCUUGGUGGCUCAAGUAUAAUGAUCAUUUUGGAAAUAGAAUGAAGAACUAUGAAUGUUUUAGGGGCAAAAUGAUAAUAAACUCAAGUUUUAGUGUU